ACCCCCUAGUUUUAACUUUUAACCUCCAAAAGAUGUGUUCCAACCAAUUCGGUCCCUCCCCAGUCCCCUCCCUUCUUUCUCCCUACUUCGAUUGUCGAAGUACAUAUUUGCUGAAAUAGAUAAGCCUCUCAGAUUGGAUCUGUCUAGAGGAUUCUUUCCCUUUGAGUUUUCUGGGAAAAUUGUGGAAAGAGGCUGGGGUUCAAGAGCAAGAGUGAUAUAUCUAGAUGGAUAGUGUCAGAGAAAAGUGCACUAUGUGAUUGCUUUUUUUACCCUGCUAGGCUACGUAUGAGCACUUCUUAGUACUGAAAUGAGUUUUGAGAUUCAUGGUAGUGGAUAUGGAUUGUGGGACUAGUGAAUCAGUGGAUACUUCUCACUCAACUGAUGAGAAUGAUGAGGCUGGUGAUGUUGGUGAUUUUGAAUGCAAUAUCUGCUUUGAUUUAGCUCAAAAUCCCGUUGUGACACUUUGCGGCCAUCUUUACUGCUGGCCUUGCCUGUACCAAUGGCUGCAAGUUCAUUCGUAUUCUCACGAAUGUCCGGUUUGUAAAGCCAUAAUAGCUGAGGAGAAACUGGUUCCUAUAUAUGGAAGGGGCAAAGGAAGAUCAGAUUCAAAACCCUUCCAAAUAUCGGGAGUUAAUAUUCCAAAUCGGCCUAUUGGGCAAAGACCACCAACAGCUCCGCCUGUAAAUAUGAACUACUUCAGACAAGAUCAGUUGGAUCCCAUGUCAACUGCAAGGUUUGGAAACCUAACGCUGUCUGCUCUUUUUGGCAUUAUUCCAGCUGUUUUUAGUUUUCAGAUGCAUGCAAUGCAUGAUGCCACUGUCUAUGGGGCAACGACAGGAGUGCCCUAUGUGUUUUCUAGUUCAUUCCACGGAGGAUACUCUCAUGGUUUUCAUCACCAUUCAACUCAAGUGGAGGGGAAACUGGUGUUUUGGAAGAUAAUUGCCCUGCUUGCUGGCUUCUUAAUACUUUUGCGUCUAAUUUUUUAGGCGUUCGAUUUCAGAAGUUGGUAGUCAUGCUAUUGUAUAUCGAGAGAACUGUCUAAUGCACGCACGUUUGCUUGAUCUGUGGUCGAAAUGUCGACUUAGUUCUGAAAGUGACAUCCUCCUCUGUUCGCAUUUCAUAUCGAAUCAGCGUUUGACUUGUGCUCUUUGCUUUCCCUCGACUCAACGUAGAUGAUUACAAUAAUGCUUGCUGCUUGUUGGAAAAUUAAGAAAAUUUGAAAAUUAGCUUUGAAUUUACCAAUUUGGUUAAUGUCACUACUACUUCAGACUUCUUCUUU